AUGGCACGGGCAAUGCUGGUACCACCAGGACCUGACAGCUUCUUCUAUUUCACUGAAGAAUCUCUUGCAGCUAUUGAAAAACGUAUUGCUGAUGAAAAAUUUCAUUCUGACCAAGAUGAGCCUACAGAUGAUGCUGGUCAUGAAGCAAACCACCCAGAGCCAAAUAAUGACUUAGAGGCAGGAAAGACACUGCCAUUUAUUUAUGGUGAUAUUCCUCCAGGAAUGGUGUCUGAACCCCUGGAGGACCUGGACCCAUAUUACAUCAAUAAAAAAACAUUUAUAGUACUGGAUAAAGCGAAGACAAUCCACAGGUUCAGUGCCACACCUGCCUUGUACCUUUUAUCUCCUUUCAAUAUCACUAGAAGACUAGCUAUUAAGAUUUUGGUUCAUUCAUUGUUCAACAAGGUCAUUAUGCUCACUAUUUUGGCAAAUUGUGUGUUAAUGACAUGGGGGAAUCUUCCAGAAUGGGCGAAGAAUGUAGAGUACACUUUCACUGGAAUUUAUACUUUUGAAUUUCUAGUAAAAGUCUUUGCAAGAGGCUUCUGUAUGAAUGAUUUUACGUGCCUUCGUGACCCCUGGAACUGGCUUGAUUUUGUUGUCAUUUCCUUUGCAUAUGUGACAGAGUUUGUGGACCUGGGCAAUGUCUCAGCGUUGAGAACAUUCAGAGUUCUCCGAGCUUUGAAAACAAUAUCAGUCAUUCCAGGCCUGAAGACUAUUGUAGGAGCCCUGAUUCAGUCUGUGAAGAAGCUCUCGGAUGUGAUGAUCCUGACUGUAUUUUGCUUGAGUGUAUUUGCACUGAUAGGGUUGCAGCUGUUUAUGGGCAACCUGAAGAAUAAAUGCCUGUUCUGGCCAACAGAAAAUUCAACAGCUUAUGAAAAGCAUGUAGUCCCAUACUUUAAUGGUACAGAAUUUGACUGGGCAGCAUACAUUAAUGAAGAAAGUCAUUUCUAUCGCCCAGAAGGAGCAAAGGAUUUUCUGCUCUGUGGCAAUAGCUCAGAUGCAGGUAAAUGCCCAGAAGAGUUUAUCUGUGUGAAAGCUGGUAAAAACCCCAACUAUGGAUAUACUAGCUUUGACACAUUCAGUUGGGCUUUCUUGUCACUGUUUCGACUGAUGACACAGGACUAUUGGGAAAAUCUUUAUCAGUUGACACUACGAGCUGUGGGCAAAUCAUACAUGAUAUUUUUUGUUGUGGUGAUUUUUCUGGGUUCCUUCUAUUUGAUUAACUUGAUUUUGGCUGUGGUUGCCAUGGCCUAUGAAGAACAAAAUCAAGCAACUAUUGUUGAAGCAGAGCAGAGGGAGGCAGACUUUAAACUGAAGCUUGAACAACUGCGGAAGCAGCAAGAAGAAGCUCAGGCAAUAGCAGCAGCUGCAGUAGAGAUGACUGAGUACAGCUGUGAAAGUGAGAAUGCUGCGCCCUCAGAUAGUUCUUCAGAUGCAUCCAAGCUUAGCUCAAAAAGUGCCAAAGAAAGGAGAAAUAGAAGGAAGAAAAGAAGGCAGAGAGAGCUCUCUGGAGAAGAGGAUGACUUGAAGGAUGAGAAGCUUCCAAAAUCUGAAUCAGAUGGCAGUAUCAAAAAGAAAGGUUUCCGGUUUUCUUUUGAUGGGAACAGACUAACUUAUGGGAAGCCAUUUACAUCACCCCACCAGUCUUUGCUGAGUGUUCAUGGCUCCCUGUUUUCUCCCAGGCCUAGUAGCAGAACAAGUUUUUUCAGUUUUAGAGACGACGGAAGAGAGAGGGGUUCAGAAAAUGACUUUGCUGACGAUGAGCACAGCACGUUUGAGGACAAUUCGAGCAGAAGAGGUUCUCUGUUUCUGCCGCGCAGGCCCAGUGAGCGGCGCAGCAGUAACAUCAGCCAGGCCAGCAGGUCAUCCAGAAGGCUGACAGUCUUCCCAGUGAAUGGGAAGAUGCAUAGCACCGUGGAUUGCAAUGGAGUGGUUUCCUUGGUGGAGGGACCAGCAGGUCUCUUGUCUCCUACUGCACAACUUCUGCCAGAGGUGAUAAUAGAUAAACCAACGACUGAUGACAAUAGCACAACCACAGAAAUAGAAAUAAAGAACAGACGUACAAGUUCGUAUCAAAUACCAAUGGAGUUGCUGGAGGAUCCUGAUUUAAGGGAAAGGGCCAUGAGUCUAGCUGAUGUUAUCACAAAUAGAAUGGAAGAACUUGAAGGAUCCAGACAAAAAUGUCCACCUUGCUGGGAUAAGUUUGCCCACACUUUCUUAAUUUGGGAGUGUUGUGAGCCCUGGUUAAAAGUAAAGAGUGUAGUUGAAUUUAUUGUAAUGGAUCCAUUUGUUGAUUUGGCUGUCACUAUUUGCAUAGUUUUAAACACACUAUUUAUGGCCAUGGAACAUUAUCCAAUGACUGAACAUUUUGGCACUGUACUUUCAGUGGGAAAUCUGGUUUUUACUGGAAUUUUUGCAGCAGAAAUGGUUCUCAAGAUAAUUGCCAUGCAUCCUUUUAAUUAUUUCCAAGUUGGCUGGAAUAUUUUUGAUAGUUUUAUAGUUACUCUUAGUUUGGUGGAGCUUUUUUUGUCAGACGUGGAUGGAUUAUCCGUUCUCCGAUCAUUCAGAUUGUUGCGAGUUUUCAAAUUGGCAAAAUCUUGGCCAACUCUAAAUAUGCUGAUUAAGAUUAUUGGCAACUCAGUGGGGGCUCUGGGGAAUCUGACCCUGGUGCUGGCCAUCAUUGUGUUCAUUUUCGCUGUGGUUGGGAUGCAGCUCUUUGGGAAGAGCUACAAGGAAUGCGUCUGCAAGAUCUCCAGUGACUGUGAACUUCCUCGCUGGCACAUGCACGACUUUUUCCACUCUUUCCUGAUUGUAUUCCGAGUGCUGUGUGGAGAAUGGAUAGAAACCAUGUGGGACUGCAUGGAGGUUGCAGGCCAAACCAUGUGCCUUAUUGUUUUCAUGAUGGUCAUGGUGAUUGGAAACCUAGUGGUGCUGAAUCUUUUUCUGGCCUUGCUGCUGAGUUCAUUUAGUUCGGACAACCUUGCUGCUACAGAUGAUGAUAAUGAAAUGAACAACUUGCAGAUUGCUGUUGCAAGAAUUCAGAAGGGAAUAGAUUAUGUGAAGAAAAAAGCAGGUGAAUGUGUCCGAAGGUCUUGUUUGGGAAAACAAGCUGCAGUAAACCAAAGAACAGCAACAGAUCAGUUGAAUGUUGAGAGAAAUCAUUGCAUUUCAAAUUCUACCAUCACUGAACUAAGGAUAGAUACAAAUUAUGGCAAAAAUGAAAAUGGAAUGGCCACUGUUAUAGGUGGCAGUGAUUAUACAUCAUUCAUAAACAACCCAAGCCUUACUGUUACAGUACCAAUAGCUGUUGGAGAGUCUGAUUUUGAGCGUCUGAAUACAGAAGAGUUUAGCAGUGACUCAGAUUUGGAUGAAAGCAAGGAGAAGCUAGAUUUUUCCAGCUCAUCAGAAGGAAGUACAGUUAAUUUAGCUGUCCUUGGAGAAGAAAAAAGUGAAACUGAACCAGAAAAAGCAUCAGAACUACAAGCAUGCUUUACAGAAGGCUGUGUACGGAAGUUUAAAUGCUGUAAAGGCAGUACGGAGAGCACAAAAGGAAGAAUCUGGUGGAACCUUCGAAAAACCUGUUACAAGAUAGUAGAGCACAACUGGUUUGAAUCAUUCAUUGUCUUCAUGAUUCUUCUCAGCAGUGGUGCUCUGGCUUUUGAAGAUAUAUAUAUUGAACAGCGCAAGACUAUAAAAACCCUUCUGGACUAUGCUGAUAAAAUCUUUACAUAUGUCUUUAUUCUGGAAAUGGUGCUAAAAUGGGUAGCCUAUGGUUUUCAGACUUACUUCACUAAUGCUUGGUGCUGGCUGGACUUCCUGAUUGUCGAUGUCUCGUUGGUUAGCUUAGUAGCUACUGCCCUUGAUUUCUCAGAAUUUGGUGCAAUUAAAUCGCUCCGAACAUUAAGAGCUUUGAGACCUCUAAGAGCUUUGUCACGCUUUGAAGGCAUGAGGGUGGUUGUGAAUGCUCUUACUGGAGCAAUCCCAUCCAUUAUGAACGUACUUCUGGUUUGUCUUACAUUCUGGCUAAUUUUCAGCAUUAUGGGAGUAAACUUGUUUGCUGGCAAGUUCUAUUACUGUGUUAACACCACAAAUGGUGUGAUGUUCACACCAGAGCAAGUCAGUAAUAAAAGUAUGUGUGAAAAUAUGAGCAGAACUACUGGAGGUGUUCGGUGGAAAAAUGUGAAAGUAAACUUUGAUAAUGUUGCAAUUGGCUAUCUUUCUCUGCUUCAAGUGGCAACAUUUAAAGGAUGGAUGGAGAUUAUGUACGCUGCAGUUGAUUCUACAAAAGCAGAGAAACAGCCCAAGUAUGAAGAGAACCUGUACAUGUACCUUUACUUUGUGGUCUUUAUUGUCUUUGGAUCAUUUUUCACCCUAAACUUAUUCAUUGGUGUCAUCAUAGAUAACUUCAACCAACAAAAAAAGAAGCUUGGAGGCCAAGACAUUUUCAUGACAGAAGAGCAAAAGAAAUACUACAAUGCAAUGAAGAAGCUGGGAUCCAAGAAACCACAAAAACCUAUACCUCGACCAGUGAACAAAUUGCAAGGUCUGGUGUUUGAUAUUGUAACACAGCAACUAUUUGACAUCACUGUUAUGGUUCUAAUCUGUCUUAACAUGGUCACAAUGAUGAUAGAAACAGAUGACCAGACUGAACUGAUGCAAAAUAUUUUAUAUUGGAUUAACUUGGUCUUUGUUGUCCUUUUCACUGGUGAAUGUGUCUUCAAAAUAUUUUCACUCCGUUGUUAUUACUUCACCAUUGGCUGGAAUAUUUUUGAUUUUGUGGUUGUUAUUCUUUCAAUAAUAGGUAUGUUUCUAGCUGAGGUGAUUGAAAAGUACUUUGUGUCACCCACUUUGUUCAGAGUCGUCCGGCUUGCCAGAAUCGGUCGAAUCCUGCGCCUCAUUAAAGGCGCUAAGGGAAUCCGCACUCUGCUGUUUGCUUUGAUGAUGUCUCUUCCUGCUUUGUUCAACAUUGGGCUGCUGCUCUUCCUGGUCAUGUUCAUCUAUGCGAUAUUUGGCAUGUCCAACUUUGCCUAUGUCAAGAGGGAGGAUGGGAUUGAUGACAUGUUCAACUUUGAAACGUUUGGCAACAGCAUGAUCUGCCUGUUUCAGAUCACCACGUCCGCUGGCUGGAAUAAUUUGCUCAACCCAAUUCUCAACAGUGGGGAGCCAGACUGUGACCCCCAUAAAGAUCAUCCAGGGAGCUCUGUGAAAGGUGACUGUGGCAACCCUUCUGUUGGGAUUUUCUUCUUUGUCAGCUACAUUAUCAUAUCCUUCCUGGUAGUGGUGAACAUGUACAUUGCUGUGAUUUUGGAGAACUUCAGUGUUGCUACUGAAGAAAGUGCUGAACCCUUGGGUGAGGAUGACUUUGAGAUGUUUUAUGAGGUUUGGGAAAAAUACGAUCCUGGUGCAACACAAUUCAUUGAAUAUAGCAAACUGUCUGAUUUUGCAGCUUCUCUAGAUCCUCCUCUUAAUAUACCAAAACCAAACACAAUUCAUCUUAUUGCAAUGGAUCUGCCUGUGGUGAGCGGUGACAGAAUUCACUGCCUUGACAUCUUGUUUGCUUUCACAAAGCGUGUUUUGGGGGAAAGUGGGGAGAUGGACGCCCUCAGAAUACAGAUGGAAGAUCGGUUUAUGGCAUCCAAUCCCUCUAAAGCUUCCUAUGAACCAAUUACAACCACAUUGAAACGAAAACAAGAAGAAGUUUCUGCCACUAUCAUUCAGCGUGCUUACAGACGUCAUCUUCUAAGACAGUCAGUAAAGAAACUUUCAUUUAUGUAUCAGAAAGAUGGGGGUGAUCAACUCAUCAGAAAGGAUAUGAUUGUUGGUAAGCUGAGUGAAAACUCAUCUCCAGAGAAAAUGGAUAUGUCUGCAUCCACCACAGCUCCACCUUCUUAUGACAGUGUAACAAAACCGGAAAAGGAAAAAUAUGAAGAUGACAAAUCAGAAAAGGAAGACAAAGGAAAAGACAGAAGAGGAAACAAAAAGUAAAAGGCAGAUGUUAUCCUCGAUGAAUGUUUGCAAACUUGAAAAUACGUUUUUGUCACUAGCACUCUUACUGGAAGAUUAUGCCAAAAUUACAGGUUUUUACAUAUUUACCCACUGCUGCAGUCAAUGCCUGUCCAAGACAAUGAUCCUUCCCUAGUAAACUCUUGGUCUGUAACAGGGAAACAAACUUGCAGAACAAUAGUUUUGAUUAUCAGCUGUUGCUAAUUGAAAGGAGACACAAAAUUUCUACUUGGACUAUAGGAAACCUUAAUGGGUUCUAAUAAGCCUGUAUUUUUGUGGAGUAAGUGUAUCCACUGUGUACAUUUCAUCUCUUAUCUUCCAUGUGUGGCAGUUCUUGUUGAUGAUUUCGUUUGUUUUAAUAACAUACCGCUUUAUUAAUUCUGCUCUGCUGAGAAAAAUAAUCUAAGUACUCUUUAUUUAGGUAAAUACUAAAUAAUACUCUUAUGUGCAGAGAAACACAAAUGUCAGGAGUACGUAAUUGUGGCAUCAUAAUAUGAACAUAGUUCUCUUCAAGGCACUUCUAAAUGCAGAAAACCAGGAUUCCAGAUUACCAAACCUCAGGGUGUAGAUCAAAGAAGCAGCAAACUAUAAAAAAAACAAGAGUCCGGAUAAAGAAUUUGUCAGCAAAUCUAACAAGGGAAUAAUUCUCUCAGAAAAUAGCUGUUAAAGUUUAACAUGGGAAGAGAUGUGAGUGGUAAAAAGAAAAACUGUUUGACAAGACCAUCAUUCCUCAUACCAGUAAGCAAUAGUUUGCUGCUAUUAAAGAUUUUAUUUUGUGUGAAUGUUGUAAUCAGCAAAUAUGCAGUAAGGUAGUGGACUAUACAGGACAAAUAGAUAGCUUAAAAUAUGGGGCUAGAAGAAAAUUAUAACAUAUAUCUAUUAUUUUUAUUUUAAAAAUAGUUUUAUUUUAUAACAUUUUUUACUAUAAGAAAUUGCACAUAUUUUCCUGUUGUUAUUAAUAUUUAUUGUUGUCUGUCUUUGACACUUUACUGUUCAGAAACCUAAUAUACAACGUGUAAUUGAAAAUUUCUGCUAAUUGCUUUAAGCAGCUUCUAAUAAGGAAUAAUUUUAAAACAAAUGGACAGUACGAAUUUUUUUUCUGAUCCGUAGGUUGUUCUUUUUACGUGAAACAAGAUAGAAGGUCUUUCUUUAUGUUAUAAUCCUGUCUGUUGAUUUUCAGGGUAAUCUUAAUCAUAGGAAAAUUGCUUUUUCCCCAGAGUUAAUCUCACACUGUCUGCUUUGCUUAUUGGUGCACGCUGCAGUAGAAACACUUUAAAUAUAAUUUGUUAUUAAAAAAUCUUCCUUCAUGAGGAUGAAUAGUGAACUUGUGCAAUGGACAGUGAAACACUUUGCAUUUCUUACAAAAGAACCAGAAUAUUGAUGGGCUCCUGCUUUUAUGGAAAUUAUUGCCUUAUAGUGUACUGAUGAACUGCAUGCAGGAAGUUGUUUUACCAAAAAUAACUACAGUGCUAAAAACCCAAAAGAAUAAAGAUGACCUUUUUAUGUAA